GUCGCCUUCACAAUAAUAACCACUGAUGGCUUCCUUUUUUGACGCGGUAUAGUAGAUUUUUUGAGAGGUGUUUCUAACCAUGUAGCAACCUAGCUCACUUUUUACUCUGAAUAUCGACUGACUGGUAGCCAUGUUGCUCCCAUCCGACGUCGCUCGUCUUGUUUUGGGGUACCUCCAAGAGGAGCGACUGUGCGCCACAACACAAGCUUUCAUCCACGAGUGCCCAAACCUGAAAGAGUACGCCGAGCACUCCACGGAAGAUGGGGCUAUUCCCGCUUGUGUUUUUUCCAUCUUUGGGAAAGGCCUGACAACCAUCUUAAACGAGUAUGUAGCUGCCAAAACAAAAGAGUCUUGUCAUGAGGUACCUGCAGUGAUGACCUCUUUGUGGAAAAAGCUGGAUUUUACACUCAACCAGAUCAAGUCAUUGCAGAAUUCCCCUGCUAUAUCAGCAAAUCAAAGAAGUAAGUCGCGUUCACGAGUGGCAAACAUGGCUAGACAGCGGGUCUUGACCGUGGCUUCAGCAGAUGCUGUCGUCUGCUCAUCAGUCUCUGAGACGAGCUCCAUCAUCAGCCCUGCAGACAUCUCUCACGGCAUGCUCGGCCACUCCACUCCCGUGAGCUACCGCACUGCCGCGCAAACCCGACCAGCUACCGGCAGUGGCACACACCAGCAGAUCCAUGAUGUCAGCCGAUUGCUAAAUACGCCCAGGGAUUCACCAAUACAGAUCUUUGUUACGGAUCAACGGCUUAAUCCAGGUCCGAUGUCUCCUGGACGGCGGAAAUGGGACACCCCCAGAAAGAGAGGUGGUGCUCAGAGUGGGUCCAGUACCCCUAGCAGAUGUGCCACGACUGUCGGUACCCCCAAUGCAGAACCUCAACCUGAAGAUGGUGAUGGGAACUUUCCUCAACUUGCUAUACAAAAUGCACGUGACAAAAUAUUGGGAGACCGAUCGUUACAAGAGAAACUUGCCGAAAACAUCAACAAAAUCCUCGCCAAUGAGCCAAUGCCCCAAACAUCUAAGGCCCCAUCAAGUACAGUGGAGGCGGACCAGUCCAUAGAUGAAAUCCUGGGAUUACAGGGGGAAAUCCACAUGAGUGACGAUGCCAUCCAUGACAUUUUGGAGCAAACCGAGUCCGACCCAGCUUUUCAUGCCCUCUUUGAGCUCUUCGACUACAGUAAAACACGAUUCCCUGAUGGCGAACUGGGGAAUGGAGAUAUUGGCAGUUGUCCAGAAGAGGGACCUUCAUCGACAGUCGGACCCCUUCCUAGUAAUUAUCCAGUCACUGCACACCGAGAUGCUAAGGCUUCGGAUACAACCAUAAAGAUGAGAGCUGGACAAGAGCAUAAGACCAGAAAGUCUACUGGGCCCACCUUGUUAAAGAAAAAAACUAUUGGCCCCAGCGGCAGAGCAUCAAGAAUUGAGAACAGUUCAGCCAAGUUGUUAGUGAGUCAUGGGGAUCAGCGAAGUGUCUCAUCUGCUGCUGUGGAAAAGGCCCAACUCUUCAAUAACGGUGCUUUUGUUUCACCAAUGGAUAUUGAUGAACCGUUGAAUACACCUCCCCCUCCUUCUGACUGUAUGACCAUUCUGGAGCCCGCCACAAAGGACUACCUGUCCAUUGCAAUUUCCCCAAGUGAAUCAAUUAUUCUUCCCUCUGCUGUGUUUAAUGUGCCGGACGCGACAUCAAAUCUUGUUAAAGGGCAGGCGCAUAUGCAAGAAUCUGAAGUGCAACUUGUGACCGCCCCCUCUGCUUUUUUGUUUCCUUUGCAAGUUGAACUAAACAACACUCCAACGCUGACUGCUGACCUAGCUCAUGUGUCUCUUUCAAGCAGUGGAAGUGAAACUCAACCGGUGGCUACUCGCUCAGGGACACCUGAAUCUGCCGCUUGCGCAUCUCCUUCUGGCAGUGCCACAGUCACAACUGUGCCUGCCUCGCCCUCAUCGACACUCACAUCUGCUUCAACCUCUGCAACGCUAACAGCUACACCUGCCUCGUCCUCUCCCGUCUCACCCGCAUCCUCCUCCUCUUGCGCCCCAGUUGGUGCAGCACCUGAUCCUUCAACUGCCAACCACACCACUCCAAGCAAGGCUGCCGCUGAUUCCAGUGAUAUAGUUUCUUUGGAGAUCAUUAUUAGUGAUAACCAGGAUGCUGAUUUUUCCAACAACACGACAUUGACUCAGGCAAUUUCUGACAACAAGAUACCCACCAUCUAUCUUUCCUCUCCACCUAAGUCCUCUGGAGGCGUUGGCACACCAAAGGCCGCCUUGGAUGAGGCGGCACAGGCAGUAAGUGGCUUACAAAGCUCUGAGGCACAUGCCAGUCCUCUCAGCUGCAAGGUUGUAGUUGCAUCCCCAUUAACAGGGACAUCACAGCCUCAGCAAAACUUCAUAAUUCAACUACCCCUGAACACUGCUAACCCCGCCCUCCAAGUAGCCACUGCCAGCUAUUUCCUUGUGACUGAACCCGCAAUUACAGAUGCUCAAACCAGACCGGUGUUGCUGUCUGCUGGAGUCUCAAAGGGACGCCCUUUGCCCACCAGCCCGUAUGGGGUGACCACACCAUCUCGCGCUCCAGGCUCCUCCCCCGGUAAAAGACAACAGACUACAAUAGUGGGUCAUCUCGGUAAACAGAAGUUACUCUCUAGGCCAACACUCAUCUUACCAUCACCUGUUAAGCCCAUGUUGCUUCCUGUUUCUGUUAUGGGGCCAAAUACUUUAGGGAAGUUUCAGGUGGUGUCCAAUCAGCUUGUCGCCAUACCAAACCCAGUACCGGUACAGCAGUCAGAAACUGUCACACCAAAGUCUCCCACAAUGGCAAUCCAACCUUCUACACCUGCUGGCACUGAGCAACACCUGGUUGGUAAGUUAGUUCAAUCUGUGUUUGCUGAAAACACAGACCAGGAAGAUGGAGCAAAGGGAUCUAGUCAUAGGAGAAUCUUGUGUUUUGACUCUUCUGCAGAAGUCCAACCACAAACUGCUAAGACAACAAGAACCAGCCACGCUACAGCUACAAAUGCAUCCUCACCACAAUCUGUCCAGCAGACUGAGAAAUAUGAUAAAGAGUCUGUGACUCGGACUAAACCUACGAUUUUGGGUGGCAACAAGCCCAUGAGGAGAAUAGAGACUGUCAGAUGUUCGUCCGAUCCCCGGACUGGAGGAGGCUUCAUGAAGGAGGCAGACAAGGCCAUUCCUCCACAACAGCAGCAGAAAGAUCCUCUGAAAAAGAACUCUCGCAAACAAGAUCAUAGCACCCAUAACGAAGAGUUUCAAAGUGCAAGUACGAGCAGUGUUGAAGCCUUACAGCUUGAGACUUUGAAAAACUCAGAAUCAGGAAGGAGAUCAAAAUCUAUAGAUGCACCACAAAAUCAUGAUACGGAUGAUGAUGAUGAUGCAGCAAAAGCUAAGGAUUCUCUUGCUUGUGAGUCAUUGUCUUCUGAGUUUGUUCUAAAAUCGGGUACCAGAAAGGAGAAAGAGGAGAUCGGCAGAAAAGAACCUGCAGAAAAGGCUCCUGCCAAAUCACGUGAGGUGCGUACGGAAAAGAGGACUCCUUCUCAGGAGGUUCCAAAUGUAACAGCUAACAAGGAAAAUGAAAUGAAAAUCAGCUUGCAAGAGCAGCAGCAGUCAACACCUUCGUCCUCUGCAUUAAGAGACUUCAGCCCUCCAGUUGUCACCCAGCCUGCAUCUAAUCCUCAGGCCAAGGCCUCAAAAGCACCAUCUAAGACCAGCUCUCUGGCCAAACAGGCAGCUGAGAUGCUGCAGGACAUCCAGGGGCUCAACUCUCCUUCCUCCCCAGUCAAGAGGCCUGGAGCCGCCAGUUCAGACCACAGUCUUCCUCAUACCCCGGGGACGGGCUGUAGCCUGGAGGAGUUUGCUGACCGUGCCAGGACUCCUUCCCGACAGAGGAAAUGUAAAGAUGGAGAGGGGACUCCGAAGCAUCUAAUUCCUCCCAAUACCCCGGAUGUACCCACCUGCAGCCCAGCCAGUGAGGCUGGCAGUGAAAACAGCAUAAACAUGGCUGCCCACACACUGAUGAUUCUCUCCCGUGCCGCCAUCGCCAGGACAGGCACUCCACUGAAGGACAGCCUGCGUCAGGAGGAAGUUGGAGAAAAAUCACCCACAAGCUCAAAGAACUCUAAGAAACGCAAACAACCUUCGCCCACAGCCAGCCCGCAUGCAAAGAAAGAGUCAAAACAGUCUCCCAGCCAAAAGACAGACCGAGAAAGGAAGAAGCUUGUAGAUUAUUUCCCCCAUGACUUGGAUGUGGAUAAAUUCCUGUCUUCACUACACUACGAUGAGUGAAACCGGACACAGCCACAGGAAAGGACCGCCUUAUUGCUACCUGCUGAAGUCACUAUCCAGGAAUAGAACAAGCCAUCUGGUCCUAUGAUUCCUAUUAGUAACCUUGUCUGAUACCGUAGGAGCCGUCUCCUUCAGCCAAGGAAGAACUUUGAUUUGGUUGAGUAGCUUCCAUUGGGGAUAAUCUGCAUAAAGUCUUGUUUGAUGCAGCAGCAGUUGGGCAACCAUGGCACUUUGUUGUAUUAUUUUUAUGUUUUUCUCAUGCUUGCUUCUGUUUAAAUUAUCAUUGUUUUGGAGGUAUUUGAAAAUAAUGGGUGCAUGUUGAUGAAAGUCUGACUCAAAGCAUUUUAUUGGUCAAUAUUUGACUAGUUUGAUAAAUCCAGCUAUCACUGGCUGAUAGGGGUUGUAUGUAUAUGUUUUGAAAUUUUAGUAACACUGAACGCUCUCAUUGGUUUUAGUUUUUCAUGUUCAGAGAAGUCUGGUUAAUUGAAAAAUACUGAAGAAAUGUGACAUUUUAUGUCACGAACAUAGAAGAAGUGGACAUAAAAUGGCUGCAGUUGUUGAAAACUGCAUACUCAGACUAUUCAAUGUUGUAAUAAAUCAAAGUCUUUGUAUUCUU